UAGAAUUUAGAUUCUAGAUUACAUCUAAUCUAGAAUCUAGACAUUCUAGAUUUAGAUCUAGAAUCUAGAUACUGAUGAGGAUCAUCUGGAUAGUAUCUAGAUUAUGUAAUCUAGAUAUUAUAACUUAGAGGUUAAAGUCAAAGUGGCAUCAGAAAAAAGAUGUCAUCAGUCUUUUUAGGUCUUCCAAAAGCUUCAGCCCCUAGAAUAAAUGGUCUAAAAAAGGCAAGACCAAUAAGAUCUUUAUCAAAACCAGAAACUAAUCCAGGAGGUCUGACAGAAACAUUUUUUCAAAGACAAACUAGUCUAGGAAGUGAGUUUACAGACAAAGAAGAAAUGCAAGGAGAAAAGGUGGAAGACAACUGGCACAAUCUAAACAAUAAGAUGUGUUUGAAAGGAAGAUUGGACCCGUACACCCGACAAAGUUCAGCUGAUUCAUCAAGUUGUGGCUCAUACAAAAGCAACAAGAAAGAUUUGUCACCAGAGCCCUAUAGUUCACCAAGUGUGCCCAAAUCAUUUGACAGCAGUUUCAACAACAAUAUAGCAAGUCUAGAGGAUGAAGAGCAGUCCCAACACAGACAAGACAGAUACUCUCAAGGGCAUCAGCUGGUUACCCCAGUUGACAGGCAGCAUAAUGCUUUGUCGGCAAAUGUUAACAGCCUCAGUCAAAGCUUGUGUCAAGAUAAAAUCAAGUAUUUGUUUACAUUGGUAACACCCUUGGGAGAUACAAUGGUCAUCAGUGGGUCCAACCUGCAGAACAUUUUACUUGCCUCUAGGAUUUUGUUUACUGAAAUGCAUGCAGUGACCAUAUGGACACAGAGCGUAGAAGACCAAGAUAAACCUAAGGAACAGCAGGUGUCUGUGAAAGUUGAAAAAGAACCAGAUGAGCAAACCAGCGCUCAAACAAGUAACUCAGCCAUCAUGAAUCUAAUUAAAUAUGCAUACACUAAAGAAGAGCUGUUGAGGAUGAGCCGAUCUAAACCAUCUAAGUCCCCACCUCCAAUGUGGAAGGUAUUAACUCACAUACAUUCAGCAUGCUGUCUACCUGCUAGUAAGGUGAAAGAAUACUUUCAAGUGUCCAACUUCCGUCCCCAUGAUGGCACCCUGGCUGUAAACGAAGCCAGACAUGACAGAGUGGCAGCAGCAUUGACUGAUCAAGGGGAGAGAAGGCAGGAGAAAAUGUCCUCAGUGCUCCAUGACAGGGGGGAUCAGGCUGAUGGAAGGCUAGAUAACUCUGUAUCACCAGAGGCCAGAGACCCUGAUGAAAGAAGGCCCUCACUCUCUCGAUACUAUUCUAUAGAAGAUUGAAACCUUCUAAUGUCACCUACAUUCCAUGUUGUUUUAUUUGUGAUUGAUCAUUAAUUAAUCUAGUCAAUUAGUAAAAAAAAAAAACUGUUUAUUUCUAACCCUCCUCUUGAGACCAAAAUAUUGUGAUAAUCUGCUGACAAGUCAUUAGAUGCAGCUCAGACCCAUGGCAUUGCCUAGGUCAUGACACACUGGGUAUCACUUGUCUACAACAGAUUCAGUUGUGUCCAAGUUUUCUUGCCAUUGCUAACCUUUUUUCAGAGAAUCCUCUUAAUAUUUUGGUUGAUUUAUUUUUUUUUACAAAAUUUCUAUUUAAAAAAAGUGUAUAAGAUUAUGCAUUAAAAUUGUGUGUAGAUGUGUUACUGGUAGGUGAAAGAAGUAAUGCCAUCCUGCACUUAUUUUUCCAGGCAAGCUUUAAGAUUCUUUGAUUUUGUAUGUGAUAUAAAGCAGAGCAUAUAUUUUGUGGUUUUUGUAUUUGGAGCUGUUGAUUCUAAAUAAAAUGGUGAUAAUGCAAUAAGCA